UUUGAUUAGCUAGCAAAACAAAUGGUAAGUGGUAGGAGUGGUUUUGUGUUAUUUUACUGUAGUGAAUAAUGACUAAAACCUUUUUGUCUUUUCUUUAUCAGAAAAUGGAGGCUAACUCAAAAAAAAUACUGGCAUCGAUCUACCUAGAUGGCAGAGAGAUCUGCAAGAAAGUUUACCACCUAAGCAAUGCUAGGGAAUUAAUCGAUGAAAGAAAAUCUCAAGAUGGCCUACCUUCUGCAGUAGAUUUAGAUCGAUUUCUCAAGUAUAAUGCAGACUUCAAUGAGUUUAUUGAUACAGAUCGCAACACAGACAUCAAAGAACUGGAUAAAUUCCAGUUAUUUUUCCGGUCGGGUUCUGAGCUAGCGGAUGCAGAAAUUGAACUGAUAUGUCCGCCUGCUCCCCUGCCAGGACAGACACAAUCUCUACCUGCCCAAUCUCUACCUGCCCAUGACAGGCUGGAUGACAGUGGAUUGGAGGCACUCAAAUUACUAAUUCAAACAAAAGCUCCAAACAUACUCACAGAAUAUGAGGAAUCUGGCACCUUAUGCACAAAAAACAGGAUGCUACUUGUGAGGGUUGCUGUCAGCAAUCUUGUGGAGAGACAAGGAUUUUACCCAUCCAGUGAUGACAAGGUGCGUCUUGCCAAGAAUGUUGUCACCACGUUUCCUAAAUUGAGUGUCAAAAUCCAGGAACACAAUGAAGGAUAUGAACACUACUACGAUCCAGCUUCACACAGCGGCUUCAUUGAAAUGAAACUACGAAACCUUAGAAGGGAUAUGGAAGAAAGCCAGAGAAGGUAUCGGCGGAAAAACAAAUCAGGGGGCACUGUAACUCUGACUCUGACCUCGUCUGUGGCAAACACAGAUGAGGAUGUGAGUGAGUGGGUAACCCUGGCAAAGAGAAUUAAGCCCUCACCUGAAAACCUCUCAACAAUCAAGCAUGCUAUGGACCAGACCUACGCUCACAGAAGAAUAUGGAUUACAACACAAUCUCCAACAUUAGCUGAGAUAUUUAAUCAGUAUCCACGAUUCAUUGACAUGCCACACCUGGUAAGCAAAUUCUUAAUACUAUAAUUUUUUUAUAGUUAGUUUAUCUGUCCUUUGAAGCAACCCUGCAUACCUCAGUAAAUAUAGCCUGUUAAUUCAAAUGAAUAAAUUGGAUUGAAUAUUUAUCUUUGUACAUCUUAGUUUGAUUUAGACUUUGAUAAACAGUUUGAGGGGAAGGUUGAUCUUUUCCUUC